UCACACAUUGAGAGGCCACUUAUCCCGAAUGUCCGAUUCGAUUUUGCCGCAUAUCCCGGCGCCAACGCCCUCAAAGACUUCCGCUUCACCUGCGCAGAGCUACAGAGGCUGACUGCCCUCGUGAAGAUGCCACAUGUGUUCAUCAGCGAACCUGGAGAUCGCCUCAUAGGUGUGGAGGCCCUGGCCAUGCUUUGCUAUCGCCUCUCAUAUCCG